GCGACCUCGGACCCGGAAGUGCAACCUGGGCAAGACUUUGUGAGGCAGGGUGGAAUUCAGAUGUCGCCUCUGUUGUCUGUCGGCAACUUGGUUUCGACGGUGUGCAGAGAUUCUAUAGCAGCUUGGCACCAAGACGGCCAAAGUCGAUCAUACGGCUCAACAGGUGUAAUUCGAAUACUGAUGCGACAAGUAUUGGGGAAGCUGGUUGUCAACAGUCUCCGUGUAGAGGCCGAAGACGCGAUGCUAGUGUCGACUGUCUCGUGCGUCCAAGUACCCCAAUGCUUCCACAGGACAAUAAAAACCCAACUCCGGUUACCGCAACAACAUCUACUGUCCAAGUCCAGACGACGCGAACGACAAAGUCGUCAACGAUUUUGGAGGCAACAUCGACCGUAUCGACGACCUUGGCAAUUACAUCAACGACAAAGAAUGUCGAGGUCGUGACGAGUGAUUUAAUGUCAACAAAUUCAUACAUUACUCGUGAUCGACUACCACGGAAGGAUCUUAAUGUUGCCGCAAUAUACAUUGGAGUGAUACUUUCCUGUUUUAUCAUCGCCAUCAUUGUUAUCAUUAUAUUUCUUCGUUAUUGGUGCAAAAGGAAGAUCACGAAUACCAAACAAACAGGCAGAACUGGAGGAGGUUCGGAUGAUAGAGAACACAACUUUCAAAACAAUGAAUACCAGUACAAUGGAGUUAGAACUGUCGAAAAUGGGCCGAGAAUUUCAUCGAAUAUUUCUGGUGAGGAAUACCAGUACUCGCCCAUUGGACCUUCCAAUAAUGGCACGGACGUCAUACCAACAGUUCCAAAACAAGAUUCCGUCGACGAAUACCAGUACUCGGCCGUUGGACCUAUUCAAAAUGGCGUCGAUGUCAACCCAAGGGUUCCAAAACAAGAUUCCGUCGAUGAGUACCAGUACUCCGCCGUUGGACCUAUUCAAAACGGCGUCGAUGUCAAUCCAAGUGUUCUUAAUCAAGGUUCCGUCGAUGAGUACCAGUACUCCGCCGUUGGGUCAAUGCAAAAUGGCACCGAUGUCAACCCAAGGGUUCCUAAACAAGAUUCCGUCGAUGAGUACCAGUACUCCGCCGUUGGGCCAAUGCAAAAUGGCACCGAUGUCAACCCAAGGGUUCCUAAACAAGAUUCCGUCGAUGAGUACCAGUACUCCGCCGUUGGGCCAAUGCAAAAUGGCACCGAUGUCAACCCAAGGGUUCCUAAACAAGAUUCCAUCGAUGAGUACCAGUACUCCGCCGUUGGGCCAAUGCAAAAUGGCACCGAUGUCAACCCAAGUGUUCCUAAACAAGACUCCGGGAAGAUGAGUUCUACUCUCCAGUUGGUGCUAUCUCCAGCGACACUCUUACUCCAAAAGCCACCGCAUUCUCCAACGUUUGUACCGAUGAGAGCUUCUAUACCAUUCCUGAUAGAUCCGAAGUAAAUCCGUACCAAGAACUCGCUGUCAAAACGUCGGCAUUUGCUGGCUUGCAGAAGCUAAGAAAGAAGCCAGCUCUGGAACAAAAUACGCAACGGGCACCAGAAAUUAAGGUGGCAAAGCAACCGCCUGUCAAGCCAAAGAAGUCACAGACACCGACUAAUGAUACUCCCGUGCAGAUAUCUGGAAAACCUCACCUACCUACAGAGGUGGAUAAUAUCGUGUACGGGCUUGAAGUGCUCGGCGAACAGAACGCGUGUGCCGUGUCGUCACUUGCCGAUGGACGAACCGACGACCAGUGUGAAUCCAUAUACGCAGUUGACAUCGAACUACGAGAGAUAUCCCCUUCCGGCACUUCAGUAGCUAUCUAUAGAGACUAUUCCAUCAAUAGAGGUAUUAAAAUUACUGAUGGAGAGAAUCCAUAUGAAAAUUCGAUAAUUGGCGAUCAAUCUUUUCUGCAAGACGAUGACGAAAGCGAUUAUCACGCUUUAAGUAGAAAGGCAACCUUACCUGUGUGAUUAGAAAGUUGUACGACACAAUAAUAUUGUUCCUUUAACAGCUGUUGGCCUGAUUGGCUCUAUGAUUAUUAUUUUUUUUGAUUUUUGUUGUUCGGAUUUUGUUUAAAUUUUUUUUUUACCUGACUGCUAAUUGUUUAGGUGUAUAGGCUAUGUUCGAAAGUAGUAUUCUUGACUUUUCGGGUAGAGCCAGUCGUCUGUAUGGUUUCGCUGAUCUCUUAUAUUCGAGUGCAGCCGGCAAACUUCUUGUAUAUUGUGGCACGGGUUGUCAACUUCGAAUUUUGCCAAACUUCCUGUACUUGACCUUGUUUAAAUUGGCAAAAAGGAAUGAUGCUGGAUAUAAACUUAAAGUUCCACACGCUCUAGUCUCGUCUAGUUUCUUCAUCGACAUGUCUCAAUUUCAGUCUCACUCACUAGCAUUCGACUUACACUGCGCAUCUCACGAUGUUGACGUCCAAAAAGCACAUCAUUUAUCAGUCCAAAAUGUGCCUUACACGUAUACUUUAUUCGUCCCAAUUAUCACGAUGAUGUACAGUGGCUAAUCAUGAAAAGUACCGGUAUGUCAUAAAAGAGCAAGAGAAUAGUGUUGUAGUAGG